AUGGAGGGCGCGGAGGCGCCUGCGCAGGCUGAUGCUGGCGCCGGCGGGGCGGAGCAGCACGAUGCGAAGCGAGAGACUCCAGCGCAGGCCGUGAACGACGAUGACGAGGACCUGUUCGGCGAGCGUGAGGACGACCAAGGUCCCGGGGCGGCUGCGCACACCAGUGUGGGAGCCCCGAACACCGCUGGCGGCAGCGCGGCGGACAAUGCGAGGACGGACGCGGGACAGCACGAUGCAUCAGACCACCAAGCUGGUGGGACGAAGGCUGCGGCGGAACCAAGUGCGCAGGGCCAGGGCGCGGCCGCGGGCGGCGUUCCUCCGGUCGUCAAAGUUCGAACGGCCGUGCACGAGCCCGCGCUGGAGGUCAACGAGGUGCGCGUCGCGGACGAGCGCGCCGCCGAGCAGGAGGCGCGGGCGCGCGCGAGCAGGUACACGCUGCGCGCCACCGCGCAGCUGGACAGGCUCAGCCCCCAGGUGCUCUCGGACGGCACGCGCAAGCGCAUCCGCGAGAGCGAGGCCAAGAUCAACGACAACUGCUGGGACUCCGCGGCCUGGCAGGACCUCCUCGACGCGGCCGCGAAACUGGGCACCGCCGACGCCGACGCCGUGGCCCUGCAACGCGCGGCGCACGACGAGCUCCUCGCGCUCUACCCGACCGCCGGACGCGUGUGGAAGGCCGCGCUCGAGCUCGAGCUCGCCGCCGGGCAGCUCGGGAGGGCCAUCGAGCUGUGUCAGCGCGGCCUGGACUCCCCCCACCCGGAGCUGUACGGCGCGUACCUCGCGCUGAUUCGGCGCCUGCACGAGUCGCGCGGCCCCGAGGGCGUGGCGGAGGUGUGCAGGACGUUCGAGUUCUGCAACGCGCGCAUCGGCAACGACAUCAACGCGGGGGCGCAGUGGCGCGCGUACGUCGCCUUCCUGCAGGGUCCCGCGCAGGGCACCCCGGAGUUCGAGGCCCUCUUCGGGUCGCAGGAGCUCUCCGCGCGGCACGCCAAGCUGCGCCGGGCGUUCGUGUCGGCGCUGCAGGUGCCGCACGGGGAGAUCGACCGGCUGUGGUCGGAGUACGAGGCGUUCGAGCGCGACGCGUGGAAGGACCCCUCCGCCGCGCGCAAACAGAUCGACGACAUGCUGCCCAAGGUCAACCACGCGCGCGCGGUGUACCGCGAGCGCGUCAGGGUGUACGCCAAGGUCAGCCUGAACGUCCUCGCGGUGCCGCCGGGGGCGUCGGACCCGGGGGACGCCGCCCGGGCGCUGCGGUGGAAGGAGGUGGUGCGAUGGGAGCGAUCCAACACGCAGCGGCUCGAGGGGGAGGCGCUGAGGCGGCGGGUGGUGCUCGCGUACGAGCAGGCGCUGCUGGGGCUGUACCGGCACGCGGAGGUGUGGUACGAGUACGCGCGGUGGCACAUGACGGACCCCGCAGGCAAGGGGCACGCGGAGGCGGUCAAGGUGCUGGGGCGGGGCGUGGAGGCGUGCCCCGGCUGCCUCGCGCUGCGUUACGCGAUGGCGGACGUGCACGAGGCGAACGGGGAGCUCGCGGAGGCGCGGGCGUGCUACGAGAGGGCAAUUGCGCACGUGUGGGGUCCCGACCCGAAGGACCUCGCUGCGGCGGAGACGGCGGCGCGGGGCGGCGACGCGGCGGCGCAGGAGCGGCUCGCGGGGCUGCAGGCGCAGGCGCGCGAGUGCGGGGUCUCGAGGGGGGAGUUCGACCCUGCGUCAGGCGCGACGUGCUUUGUGCAGUUCAUGCACUUCCUGCGGCGCACCGAGGACAUCAUGAAGGCGCGGAAGCUCUUCAUCGAGGUGAAGAAGCGCCCCAACUGCCCCUGGCAGGUCUACGCCGCGGCGGCCGCCAUGGAGGCGCGGCACAACCCUGCGCACGACAGCGUGGGGGUGGUGAACAAGAUCUUCGAGAUGGGCGCGCAGUUCCUGAACGACCCGGGCUACGUCAACACGUACGCCCAGUGGCUCGUGUCCCGCGGCGAUCACGUCAACGCGCGCGCCCUGUUCAACCGCGCGCUCGACCAGGCCCCCGCGGAGACCCUCGCCGACCUGUGGGACCUGCGCAUCGCGCUCGAGGCGGAGUUCGGCAACACGGACACGUGCCUGCAGCUCGAGAAGCAGCGCGCGGAGGAGCUCAGGGCCCGCUGCGACCACAAGGACGACACCGACGCGCAGGCGUUUGGCGUGCUGAUGUUGCGCUACAAGGCUGCCGCGAGCUGGGCCGCGUGGCCGUGCUCGGCCCUCGAACGCAUCCACGCGCGCCGCCUGCUCGGAUUCUCGUCGGCCCCCGCGGAGCGCAUCGUCGCGCGGGGCCCGCCUGCGGACCCGGCGCAGGACCGCCCAGCGCCAGCGCGGGACGCCCCUGCGCCGGCGGGCGCGGCGCAGGACCGCCCGCGGGGUGGCCCGAAGUUCGACCCGUCGCGUCCGACGCCGCAGGAGCGCGCGGCCGCGGCCCUGGCCAACCCGGACCUGCCGCCGGCCGUGGACAAGUUUCUGCGUUUACUCCCCCCGGGGGGGUCCUACGACGGACCCACGCUCGACGUGGAGAUGGUCAUCGCAGCGCUUGAGCAGUUCACCGUGCCGCCGCCGCCGGGCGAGCCCGACGCCCCCGCGGCGAUGCCGCCACCGUCGCGCAAGCGCCGCGCACCAGAGGCAGGGUUCGCCCCGCCGCCGGGGCGCUACGGGCCGCCGGGGGAGCCGCCGUUCGACCGCAGAGGGCCACCGCCGGGCUACGGCGACCGCGGCUUCGACAGGGGCCCGCCGGGUCCGCGCGACGGACCGUUCCCGGGCCGAGGACCCCCCCCUGGCGACUUUGACCGCCGGGGACCCCCCCCCGCGUACGGCGACGGGUACCGCGGCUACGACCGAGGACCGCCGGGACCGCCUGGCCCGGGCCCGGUCCGGAGGCCGCGGUUCGCGUGA